AUGAUCACUGGCAAUUCAAACAUAAGAAUUAUAAUUAAAUCUAUCUUCUCAUAAACAAUUUUACUAAGAAUUAUUAUUGCUAAGUAGAAAGUAUUUAUUAAUGAUAAUAAAACAGUCUGUGUUAAUGAGCUUUUUUGUGACCCUAUUAAAACUAAAAGAAAUAAUAAUUUUUUAGUAAUAUUCAAGCCUUCAUAGAGAAUUCUCUAACUUUUCUUUAAUUUCGUUUUUUAUUCUUUAAAUGAAAAAGUAGAGGUUAUUAAAGCUAAGAUACUAAUUAAUAAUGAGUAUGCAAGUAUAUCCUAGAAAUAAUUUCUGUAAUUAUUCUCUUUUUCAGAGAAGAGAUAGAGCAAAGCCUUAAAAAUUAGAUCCCAACUAUUUGCUUGGAUGAUGAACACUAACCCUUUGAAAGAUAUUGUUUAAUUAAUUCUUAAGCUAAAUUAAUCAACUUUAUGUUUAAAAAAGACCAACAAUUAUGACAGAUAAAAUUUAUUGUUCUAUUCUAUGAAAAGAACUAUUUUAUUAUUUGCUUUAUAAAAGAAAAACCUGAAAUAAAUUUUGGAAGCCACAAAUAGAGUUGUGAUUAUUAGAAUCUACGUAAUUAGUCCUGAUAAAUUAGUAAUUAAGUCUGCAUUAAGAUCAUAAUAGAGAAAUUUCUCAAAUGAAAAGAUUAGCACUUCUCCUAUUACUAUUUGA